GGUCAUCCCGAAUUUUUUAUAAAAACAUCUGUUCAGUUAAAAAAGGUGGUAUCGAGUAGAUAGCGGACAGACAGGUCAUUGAUAGUUCAUUGUAUAUUAGUUCGAACUGUGUUCUUUAUUUUGUCCUUAAAAAUAAGAAGUCUUCAACGUUCUCUGUGAUUCUAUCAUGAUGGAGGCAUUCAUAAAUAAUCGUAAAAUUUCAACAUUCUUUAUGAUUCAUCACGAACUUUUUGGUGGUUUAUCAUAACAGAUCUCUUGAAAUUUAAAGCUUAAAUAUCCAUUAUUUGCAUUGAACGAACGCACUGGACAACUUUAAAUUCAGUAAUAAUUAUUAUUAUAAACAAUCAAAAAGUACAAAUGAUUAAGAAAACAAUGUAUAGUACAAACGUGUUUUGAAAUAUCUCACACUGAAUUGUAAAUGGGUCUUUAUGAAACAAACUGGACGGACGCCAAUCCUGAGGAAAGAAAAAUAAUAACACGUGGGUUGGGAAAACAAUAUUCAGUGCUUCAGUGUGGAACACGUUUGUCGGUUUUUGAUUUCUAGGUUAAGCAAGGAAAUUUAAAACGCUUUAUACUACUAAAGAAUUCGAUUAGAAAGUUGAAUGGAAUAAGAUCCACCGGCUAAAUCAUAGAAACGAAAAUGAAUGAAGCAACAACAUUCAAUUAUACCCACUUGGAAUCAAAACUAUCUAAUCACCUUAAUAAUGAAAAUUGUCAAAAUAUGAAGAAAAAAAUCAAAAGAAAACACGAAGAAAGAAAUUCAAGAGUAAGUGAAGAACAGAAAACUCCAAUUAAAAAUAAGAGAAAAAAGAUGAAAGUGACAAGUGAUAAUGAUCUACUAAAUGAUCGGAAUUCAAUGAGAAAAGAAAGUGAUGAAAAAUGUAGUGAGGAGAAUGAAGCUUUCCCAGGAAAAAUUUCAACAAAGGAAAUAAUGGAAAUAUCGGCAAACUAUUUAAGGUCAAGUUUCAAAACAGCUUCCGGUAUAAGUGUGCUUAGGAAAUUCGUUAUAAUAUGUACCACAAACACUGAGCGUGACUUAGCGUCGGAGUAUAUAGAAAAAUCCGGAAAUCUUUUCGAAAUUGUUCGAUUGCUAGAAGGGGCUGACAAGGAUUUAAAUAAAGCAGCUUUAGUUUUCUCGGGUGCGCACAUCGUCAUUAUGAAGAUCCUGGAGAAGUACCCUCAACAAAUAACACCAGCUCAGGAGGCCUGCCAUCACCUGAUAAACGUACAUCUGUCAACAGUUUAUGGGCUGAUGUCGAACCAGAGUAAUCCAAAACAACGAAAAAUUGUUCUACGUCUGCUCACAUCAAUGGUAUCGUUAGGGGGCACUCUGCCUCUAGAAUUACUCACUCAUCUUUCUUUUCACCAAGAGACAUUGACUCUGAUGUCGAAACAAGUGAAGCCAACGGAUCCGGAGAGUGUUAGAACGUGUUUUAUUCAUUUUAUUCUCUCAUUUUUGGUAGAUGGUAGGUCCUCAGUGGUUAGGGGACUUCUGGACAAACGUGGAUUGCUCACUAGUAUUUUCCCAGAUCUCAUUUAUGAUUCUCAUGACAAUGUGCUGCUCAUCUUAAAGACGGUCAAGACUUACGUACUGGAAAACAAUGGUAUUAGUAAAACGCUAAAACUACAUGUGUUCUCGACCCCCGUUGUUUAUAAUUUAGUGUCUCUGUAUAACUGGAAAGGGCCGAAUAACUGGCCCGGAUUUGAGAAUAAAAAACGCAAAUCCUUAGCUGACUGUAUGGAUCCAGAAGAGAGGGCUAUCACGAUUGAAGGAGUUCAUGAUUUUUUAACGGUCCUUCUGACGUCAAAUCGUUAUGGGAUAAUUUUCAACGACAAGACUCUCGGGACAACUGGGAAAAAAUAUAAUCGACUGGUGAAUACAGUACUCCAGAGCUUAGAGCAUCCCUGGGAGCAUGAAAAACCUUGUGAUUUGGUUUGUAAAAUUCUGGCUGCUUGUCCUGAUCUUAUAAAGCCUCAAUUGCUGUAUACUGAACCUUUCUUGGUACCUAGAGCUUCGAAAAAGUGGAUUUCGGUCAUGGAUUUCGUCAGGAGAGUUCUCUCUGCUGUUGCACCUGAAAACUUUCUCGAGCAUUCACUCCCAGAAUUAACGCCUCCUCAACUGCUCUCUGCCACAUUGACAUUAACCAUGCCUUUGACGGUAUUAAAAAAUGCCGUUACACGUGCUCUAAAUUCAACAACUAUGGUUUUACGUUAUGAAGCUGUUGCAACUCUCACAAUUAUGCUAACCCAACUGAGGAAAUUCUUGAAUGCUGCCGAAAGACAUGUAAGCAGUUCUGAAUAUUCAACUUUAUAUUCUCAUGUCACUGAUUAUGUUUUGAAGAAUGUACCCUCUGUGGAAAAUAUUCUGAGGGCAUGGAGACAAGCAAAUGAACCCGACCAAAACGUCGAGGCCGUAAAUUUGGAGGAGAUACAACUCAAUCCACCGAAAUCUAAAUAUUUUUCAUCAAUUUUAGAUUUAAUACAACAAUAUCGUCUGCUAUUCCCUGAAUGGCUCCCUUCAGGAGGUCUAGGAAACUGGAAAGAGGAUUCUCACAUAUUACUCACCUCAAUAAAUGAUCUUGUAGACAUCAAUGAAGAGGAAUUAACCUCCAUGAAAUUACAAGCCAUUCAAACAAUUCAAGUUUUAAAUCCUAAUAUUUUUAAAAUGGACAAAGAAUUUCUUGAAAACACUCUAUUAUUUUUAAUCUCUCUACCAGAUCAUCUUGAGAAAUUAUGGUCCAGGGGAACAGAGACAACGAAGAUGUUGUUUAAUGAAUUAAAUAUAUUUAAGAACUGUGAGAACCAAAUGGAUAUUUGGUUGAACAGUAUUAAACUUAUCAAGAAUGCCAGAGAGAGAGUUGGUGUCACUCAGUGGCUAGUGAAAAUGAUUUCAAAAGCAGUGAAACAUCCCUCGAAAUAUCAGAAGAUUAUCGAUGAAAUUGCAGGAGCCGAAGAAACAGCGAAAAAUGAUAAUGGCCUGAGUAAACUGAUUCAACCAACAACGAAUAUUCCAUUAAUUUUAUCCACAUGUUACGAAAGUUUGAGGAGAAAAUGGGAUGAAACACCGGGAAAAUUUGUUGGUCUCAUUACGAUGUUGACACUGCACUGCCAACUGUCGCCAAGAACUUUGAUUUGUCUUAAUGAGGGCAUCCAAGGUGAAGAAAUUCAAUAUUUGAAAAGCUGGGCUGAGGGAGAAACUCCACAACCCUUGAGGAGAACAUUAUGGAGCAAUGUUUUUGAAAAAUUCAGCAAUAUUUUACUUUCCACUGAAGAGAUACACGAAAUUGAUAAAGUCCUAGAUGACAAAAAUAGUUUUAAUUCGAAUUAUGAAAUUCUGAAUUUACUCAAAAUGACUGUCUUCUAUUUGACUCAGGGCAUUCAAAGGAAAAAACUAAAUCAGCAACAGUUCGAUCGAUAUGAAUAUGCGAUAAUCGCACUGUUGACUUUUUGUAAAAAAAAUUAUGGGAUUUCUUGUGAUGCAAAUUGUGCGAUUGAAUGCUCUACACAUAUAUUGACUCAUCCAAUACUGGUUGAUUCUUUUAAUCCAAUUCCAAAAGGAAAAUCUGAAACAAACAGAAUUGUGACUACUGGUCUUGUUAAUAUUUUUGAAAAAAUCAUUGACGUUAAUGACAAAUCUAUCGUUCCGAAUUUAUUCCUCUUCUUAAAGAAUAAAUUAAUUUCACAUUUAGAAGAAGUUCUAAGAAAAUGUGCAGGUGGUUGGACCCUAAAGACAACGCUGUGUUUAGUGAAAUUCAUCGAAAUUUUUCAAUUAUCAUCUUCUAAUCUUUUAGAACUUGUCAAGAGUCUAACAAACUUACCAAAAGGGAGUUUCGCCAGCAAAGAUAAAAUGAGAUUAUCAAUUUGGGGAGAGGUGGCUCCAAAAGUGCUCGAGUUAUUGUCGCAACGAUUACAAUUAGAAGAUCUCACGGAAUCACCCGAAGAAACACAACUAUUUCACAAGUUAUGUAUUCAGAUGACAUAUCUGAAAUACACAGGGAUAAACGUGGCAAUUUGGGAAAAUUCUCUCCAUAAAUUUCUCACCAUUUUUCCUCAUCAUAUCGUUAUAAUUGAUCACAAAAUCUUCAAUUCUUUGUUAGAAAACAAAUUUGAUGAAUCAACAAUUACACUGAUAUCGUUUCUCACCGAAAGAAAUCCAAAGUUGAUUUCUCUUUUUACGAAAUACAUUCUAAUGGAAGAAUCACGAAUUCAAAGUCGUCAACUCAUAUUCAAAGUUUUAUCUAGCAAUUUAACUCACAAGUGGGAUUCGGAGUUUCUGUUCAGAGUUUGCAAGGUAUACGAGAAAAAUAUUAUUAAUUACUUUUUAUUUCAUGUGGAUAAUAAAGAUUGGAUCACUCAGAAUGUAGAUGCAGUUGCGUAUUUGAUAGACUCUUGCUUUAGUCUUGAAACCUGCGAGAGUAUCUCUAAAAAAAUAUUGUCCAGUGGAGACAAAUUGGAGAGUGUGGACUUUUACUAUACGAAACUUGUGCACCAUCUGUUCGAAAGAUUUUCAAAAUUGCAUAAAAAUCCACAGGAAAUCCUGCGUCAAGUUCUUCAAGUUUUCAUCCAUUUAAUGGUGUCAACAUUAAAGAAAAAUGCAAAAGACACGAAUCAAAUUGAAACUCUCUGCACACAUAUUUGCCAAACAAUUACCAAUCUUAAAUCUACCGACAAAAAUUUCAUCUUUGAAGACCUGAGCAAAAGUAGUUUGUGGUUCCAAUUCACGAGGUUUGCUCUAAAAUCAGGAAUGAAAAACUCCAAGAUUGAUCAAAGAAAUCUGUCGCUGCUGAAGAUAUUGUCAGAAGUCUGUGAUAUUGUAUACGAGGAUAGAAGUGAAACUGAAUACGUAAAAACAUUAUUCGAAAUGACAACGUCACACUCGGAGUUUGUAAACCUCAUGAUCAGUUCUCACAGCGCCAAGAAGGAUUUACUCCAACUCAUCUUCAUUCUUGUAAAGAAAAAUCCAAGUGUCAUGAUGUCGUCGCACAUUCCCCUGUUUUUAUCUGCUUAUAGUGCAACAUUGAGUAUGUCCGAUCAACGAAUUUUGCUUAUUCUUCAAUAUUAUGAGAGUUCAGGAAUAAAAUUCACGGAUUAUCAACCUUAUUUAUAUGGAGAAGCUGCAGCCUGUCAUCACAGUGUCAGGGGGGAAACGGACAAUGCAAUUUGGCGGCAGCCUUCGGUCUCGCAAGUUUUGCAACUUUUCAAUAUCGAUACCGUUAAAAAUACAAUCGCAAAUUAUCCAGUUCAAAGGACUCUGCAGCCAAAGGAAUUAUAUAAUGAUGAAAAUGUAUAUGAUCCGGCAUUUUAUUUACCAUUGUUGACACACUUGUUGGCGGAGAAUAAUGUUAUUGGUUGUCAUAAUGUCACUCGGUCUGGGGCAUUAGCUCUGGUAUUCGCUGCCUGCGGAAGCGCCUGUUUGGAAACUCGUAUGGCAGCAUUCACAGUAAUAUCCAGGUUCUAUUUUCAUUUGGAAGCUACUAGAUCGAAAGAGAAAUUACUCUGGAUGCGUAUGAUUAAUGCAGUUCGGAAUGGUAUUCGGAAUGCCAUGUCAAUGGAGCCAUUUACUGAUAUUCGUCUGAAUUGUUUCAUCUCGACAUUUCUAGCAAAAAGUGCACUGGUUGCCACUGAACCAUUGAACCCACUCUUUGUCCCUCUGCAAAAUUUUUUCAUGGCCAAAUCGGAGCUAGACCUGAGAAGUAUUCCCGAAUUUUUAACGCUGUUCAACAGCUCCGACAUUAAUCACAAAGUACAUAGACACUGGAUUCUCGAGGUAAUUCGAGAUGGAUUGAAGACGACAUUGGAAAUGCAAAUUUUAUCGAAAUGCUUCUUGUACCGAAUACUUUUCUACGUUUAUGGAAGUGUUCUCGCAGAUCCUGGCACAAAAAUUCUCAUUCUUCAGAUUAUCAGCUCAACUGUAAAGAUUCCAAAAGCUGGUGUGUUCUGUCGUAAUUCUGCACUACUUAUUUGGUUAAGUGAAGUUGCCAGUGAACUCAACCCUCGAGACAUUGAAGCCAUCGAGUUGAUGGUGAAUGUUGUUAAGAAUUUGCUUAAUAUACUAAUGAAUUCCAAUGAUAAGGACAGUCACAUGCAGUUUAUGCUGCUAGAUGUUCUGAAAACUCUAAUUCCAAAAUUACCAAAAAAUAUGAAAGUAACAUCUUACUUAGCGUUUGUGAGCUCUCUUAACCACAUUUUACAAAAUAAUUUAUUAUACGAGACAUUUAAUAAGGAUCAAGUUCAACAACUCAUCGAAGUUUCGAAGAAUGUCAUCAAUGAUGUGCACGAUUAUACCGAUAUUCUGCACCAUGAAUGUGACUUUAUCAGGAAAAAUGAGCUAAUACAGGACGAUGGUAGUACAGUUAAUUCGGCCAAAUGGCACCUCAGAAAUAUUGUUAUUACUUGGAGAAGUCAGGUAAAAUAGUGACUGUUUAGGUGAAAAACCAUUAUAAAUAAAAAGAUUGAUAUACACGAACUGACAUUUUUACGUAUGUAUGUAAGUAAAACCUUUUUCUUUGAAUUGCAAA